GGAGACCCCAGACUUAAACUUAAUUAUUAUAAAGAAAAUAAUUGGGAAAGAAGAUACAUAAACUCUGCACAAAAAUUAAUUUAUGAUGUUUAUCAAGUUGAAUAUGCACCAAUUAAUUCUGAAAUUAGCAAUAAUGAAAAUGAUGGUGAGGAUGAUUUAACAA